AUGUCUGACAGUACUGAAAGUAUAUCCAAACGCCGAGAAUACAGACUUGCAAAAAAAGCUGAGAAACAAGUCACUUUUACAAGUGAAGCAGGGGUUGGUAAGGCAUUACCAAAGAAAAGAUACUACCGUCAACGUGCUCAUUCGAAUCCAUUCAGCGACCAUCGGUUGGAGUAUCCAACGAGUCCAUCAGACAUGGAUUGGGACAAGCUGUUUACGAACAAGGAUGGUGAGCAAGAAGUUAAGAUCGCCGAUAUAGGGUGUGGAUACGGUGGAUUAACUGUUGCAUUGGCAGAGAAAUAUCCAAGCAAGAGGAUCCUAGGUAUGGAGAUCCGUGUCCAAGUCACCGAAUAUGUUGAGGAAAGGAUCCGGGCUUUGAGGGAAUCCAAGAAGGGUCAUUAUGGGAACUGUGCCGUAAUUAGAGCCAAUUCCAUGAAGUUUUUGCCAAAUUUCUUCAAGAGGGGACAGUUGGAGAAGAUGUUUUUCUGUUUCCCCGACCCACAUUUCAAACAGAGGAAACACAAGGCCAGAAUCAUCACCAAUACGCUAUUGAGUGAAUACGCAUUUGUAUUACAAGAAGGCGGUAUUUUGUAUACGAUCACAGAUGUUUUGGAUUUGCAUGAAUGGAUGAAGAGACACCUUGACGAGCACCCUCUAUUUGAGAGAUUAACGGAGGAAGAGGAAAGUGUAGACCCAUGUGUGAAUAUUAUGACACAUGCAACGGAGGAAGGAAAGAAGGUUGCAAGAAAUAACGGUAGCAAGUACGUUGCAUGUUACAGAAGAAGAGCCAACCCAGAACUCUGA